GCAGUUAGCAUUGUUAGCAUCGUUAGCAUUGUUAGCCGUGUUAGCGGUGUGAGCUGGCGCUGUUCCGCUGCAGCUACAAACACACCUGCUGUUUUCUGUGAAACUCAAUCUUUCCAAAACAUCGAUGGUAACUAUAAACUUUAUAUAAACAGCGUAUAAACAGCGUAUAAACAGUGAUCCUGACACUCGGACUGCUCCAGUCGCAGCGCGGAGCCGCUAGCAGGAAGCGCCUCGAUGGAGGGAGAUGAGUGUGAUUUCUCCUCAGAACCGUCUGAAAUUUCUCGCUCGAACAGAGGAAGUGUUUCUUCAUCAGUCACUCGUGCUCAGGAUGUGUUGGUGUACCUGGUGAGUGACGGGGCCGUACAGGUGUGUGUAGAGAGUGUGGGCUGUGUGUGUGUGCAGGAGCUCGGCCGCACUGUGAGAGACGCCCUCAACAUUCCCGAUUCUGCUCAGGACGUGUUCGCCUUCUGGCUGUGCUCACCUCUACUGGAGCUGCAGUUGAAGCCGAAACACCAGCCGUAUAAACUGUGCCGUCAGUGGCAGGACCUGCUGUACCGCUUCACCGACGCACACACAGACGACAUCGCACUAGAUGAGCCGUGUCUGCAGUACAAGCGGAACGUUUUUUGCCCCAAAUCUAAAGAACUGCAGGUGGAAGAUGAGAACGUGUUGCGGCUGCUGUAUGAUGAGGCGAAAUUAAACAUCAUUGAGGGCCGGUACCCAUGUGACCCGGAGCACUGGACUCGAUUGGCUGCUCUGUCCUGUGCUAUAGAGAUCGGUACAGGACUCGACGACCAGCAGCUGAGCACCGCUAUCAGAGACAGGAAGUUGUCAUCGCUGCUGCCGGCCCAUGUAGUGGGGGGCGUGGGGGCGGGGCUUCUCUCCACCCUGAGGCUGAGGGCGGGGCGUCGUGCUGAACUGGAGCAGAGUUUACUGAAGGAGUACCACACACUAAACACACACACUGAGCCCCGCCCACUCAUCCUCCAGUACCUCAGCAUCUGCCACACACUGCCUUACUACGGGUGUGCGUUCUUCAUGGGAGAGAUAGAUAAGCCGGCUCAGGGGCUGCUGCAGCGUGGAGGGCGUAAGGCGGUGAGUGUGGGGAUCAGUCUGGAGGGAGUGUACGUCAUCGACACUAAGGAGAAGCAUGUGCUCCUGGGUCUGCGAUUCUCAGAGCUGUCGUGGGAUCACACCUACCCUGACGCUGAGGUAAACUCACACAUCCUGUGGCUGGAGUUCGAUGGAGAGGAAGAUGGAACACCUGUCAAUAAAUUACUGAAGAUUUACUCUAAACAGGCGGAGCUGAUGAGCGGUCUGAUUGAGUUCUGCGUGGAGUUGCGCUCUGUCAGUGACGUGGCUGCGUCCCAAAUGGCUUCAGCUAAAGAGGAGAGUGUAGAGGGAGCGAGGGGGCGACGGCCGGGGAAAGUGCGCAGGCAGAGCAGUGUAGUGUGCAGCAGAGUGCACACUCUGAGCACCAUCAGCUACGUGGACGACGGUAAAGAGAUAAAGCGUCUGAAACCGAAGAGAGCAGCGUCCUUCUUCACCAAACAAACUCCUGCCUCUUACGCUGCUGUUCAGGUGACGGACAACGUGGAGCAGAGCUGAAACACUGCCCUCUGUGGAGCAGAGACCAAACACACACACACACAGAGUAACACACACACACACAGUAACACACACACACACACAGUAACACACACACAGAGUAACACACACACACACACACAGAGUAACACACACACACACACAGAGUAACACACACACAGAGUAACACACACACACACAGUAACACACACACACACACAGUAACACACACACACAGAGUAACACACACACACACACACACAGAGUAACACACACACACACAGAGUAACACACACACAGAGUAACACACACACACACACACACACACAGAGUAACACACACACAGAGUAACACACACACACACAGUAACACACACACACACACAGUAACACACACACACAGAGUAACACACACACACACACACACACA